CAAAAGGAUGGUGUCUUCGUCCGGUUGCGCUGCGGUAAUCUUGUUUCUAUCUCUACUCGUAGCAGAUGGCGAGAUAUUGGAAGCUGUCAUGGAUAAUGAUGUUCCACAAUCAAUGGCAGGUGUGGUUGUGCCAAAUGAACCCCAAAACCUCGACGACUGUCAUUUUCGGCACUAUGAGUUUGGUGUAUCUACAAUCGUCAAGCCAGCAUACGCCACUUACGCCUACUUGGGUGAGUUUGCACACAUGGCAGCCAUCGGAUGGAUUCAACCGGACAACAAAAUUUCAUGGGAUUGUGGAGGAUCGUUAAUCUCGGAAAAUUUUGUCCUAACAGCAGCUCACUGCUCUGAAAUGGGCGAUCCAGAUGUGGUCAGAUUAGGCAAUAUAGAUCUGUCUGACAAUUCGAAUGGUCAACACGCCGAUGAUAUUAAAAUACUGGAAUUCAUUCGACACCCGAAUCAUACCUUCAAGCAACGUUAUCAUGAUAUUGCUCUAUUGCUACUGGAACGUAAAGUUGACAUAAGUGACACGGUGACACCAGCGUGUUUGUGGAACGAUGAUGAGGUCCGUUUCAAAAGAUUGGAAGCUGCUGGCUGGGGUGCAGCCGGGUUUGGUGAACAGAACAAAACAUUAACACUUUCGAAGGUGACUCUGCGUCCUUUUGAUAACGAUGAAUGUAACCGUAUAUUUCACGAUGAUCAUAGAUUACCUUAUCAAUUAGAUAGCAAUCAAAUGUGCGCCGGAGAUGAGCAACAAGAUACCUGUCAGGGGGACUCUGGAGGUCCUUUGCAGGUGAAGCUGCUUCACAAUAGCCGAGUCACAUCAUUUGUCGUAGCUGUGACUUCAUUCGGAAUGCCAUGUGGUAUGGGAGUGCCGGCUGUUUUUGUUCGUGUGGCCCCUUAUAUUCCAUGGAUAAAAUCCGUAUUAAAAGCAAGGGGUGUAGCUGAUACAGAAUGGAUUUUGGACCCUCAAGCAUGCGCGCGGAAGUACGUGAAUCUACGUGAAUACGAACCAAGUGUUGUGAUGUGGAAGAAUACAACGCAAGUACAAAUUGAUUCGCUUAAAGCGCAUUUGUUUAGAGAAUCAUCGAUGCAGUUAGUAAGGAUUCACUGGUACAACCGACAGAAGUAUCACUCAAACGAAUGCUACGGUGUCAUCAUUGAUGAGAGCACAGUUCUAACACUUGCUCGCUGUACCAUUGUCAAUGGGAUGGCACCAACGCACGUUACGUUUGCGGGGAACAAAACGAAAAUCGUCAAACAUGCGCACAAACAUCCCGCGUUUGAAGAAGGCUCAUUUAAGAAUGAUAUCGGAGUGCUGAAGGUGAACGAACCCUUUGAGUUCAGUACUGACUUUAAACCUGCGUGUGUCUGGACAAGGCAGAGUUUCCUGACGCCUAAGAUGGAGGUCACGGGUCGGGGUCUUGUGGAACUAACUGCAUUUUAUGGCCGAUCGUCACCCGAGUUCAAGCGUAUCGCACUAAGGCACAUGGCGAAUGCGCUUGGUAUAGUCAUGGAGCAGAAGGGUAUCAACUGUUCAUUGCCUAAACAGUAUACAGACCGGUUACCGAGUGGACUGUCACAAGAACACGUUUGUUUCGGAGCAGAACCGUUCCUAGUACCCAACGCGUGCAGUCAGGCAAUUGGAGGGCCACUACAUAGGGAGGUGUUUCGCUACGGUCGUAGACUUAUGUACGUGAACGCCUUGAACCUGUUCGGUAGGGACUGUGGAUUCGGAGAAUCGGCCGUAGCCGUUCGUCCAGCGCAUCACAGGAGUUGGCUAGAAUCGGUUCUUUACCCUCCAAGAAAAACAGCCGCAGUAGAUGACUCUGAACAGGUUAUAUUCUUGAACGAAGCACUGGAGGAAGGAGACAACUGUACAGCUCCGAACAGGGUCCCGGGUGUUUGUGUUAACGUCCGUUACUGUCCCAAUGCUGCGCAAGAAUUUAAGAGUAACCGUGAGGUGAAAUUCUGUAAAACAGGAUCGCUGGUAUGCUGCCCACAUCAAUACAUUCGCGAUGAAACAAACGAUGAUGUCGAGGAGAUAGACUCUUGCGAACGUCAUCAACCUCCAACUAUCGUAAAGGAAGAAGAAAACGACGACAACAGUAUUACAUCGUCACCGCAUGUGGUCUCAAUCGUUUGGCAAUACGGUAACAAGGAGCGUGCCUGCGUUGGAACGAUCAUCUUGAACCGAACCGUGCUCACGGCUGCCAGCUGCAUACCUUCUUCGAAACUACCAUCACAUGUGGAAUUGGUCGACCCAAAGUUGGAGCUUCGGGCUUUGAUAUCUGUGGAAGAUAUGAUAAUUCAUCCGGAGUUUGAUAAUAUAACGAAGGAGAACAAUUUGGCACUGAUUAGAACCAAACGCACAACUAUCAUUGAUGGAUUCGCGAAGUCACGCGCUUGUCUGUGGAGAAACGCAACGCACACACCAUUUAUGAUGGACCAGCUUCUUUUUGACAAUAAGACAGUAAUAGCACAGAAGACCAAGCGAGCCUACAUGAAGUACAACAUCGACUGCCAUCGUGCCUUUGGACGUGUUCUGGCAGCUUCAGAGCUGUGCUUGAAGAUAGAUAAGCUUGCGAAGGCCAACAAAUUGAUUCAGGAUGGAAUGCCCGCAUUUUGGUCAAGACCUGAUGGAGGAUAUCUGGUUGGAAUAGUUAGCGUCGCGGAAUCGUCGUUCUCGGACCGUACCAUCGUUUUGUACACUCGAAUCUCGUCAUAUGUUGAUUGGAUCAAAUCGAUACUGUAGACAUGCGAUUAAAAUGUUAAAUGGACAAUAUGUGAGGAUUGUAUUGCUGUUUA